UCCAACUCUAACUCCAGCAAUUCCCCCACCUUCCGCCAAUGGGUCUUUGAAGACGUACAUAACCACCUCCCUCCCCUCAUCCUCAUCCUCCCCCCCACCCACCCAAUCCUCAUCGACGUGCGCGAACCCGCGGAACUCCUCUCAACAGGGACGAUCCCCUCAUCCGUGAACGUGCCACUCGCCUCGCAACCAGACGCGCUGUUCCUGACCGCCGACGAAUUCGAGACCCGGUUCGGGUUCCCCAAGCCCGGGGUCGCGGCGGACGAAGCCGGCCGGGAAAUCGUCUUUUACUGUAAGGCGGGCGUGCGCGCGAGGGCCGCGGCGCAGUUGGCCGUCCAGGCGGGGUAUCAGGCGGACAGGGUGGGGGUGUAUGAUGGGAGUUGGUUGGAUUGGGCGGCGAAGGGUGGGAAGGUGGAGGUUUGGGAGGGGGAUGAUUAG